CUUCUCUUUUCCCUCCCUCGCCCGCCCCCCUCGCCUCGGCUUCGCUAGCUGAUUCCGGUCGCCAUCGCCAUCGCGGCCUCCACUAUCUCCCCGUCCCAGAGUCCCAGCAGACGCUCCCAGCACCAUCCACCAUCCAUCCGCAGGCCGGCCGCAAGGCAAAGCACACACGGCAGCGCGAGCUGAGACGACCUGAUCGACACACACUCACAGACAGACAGAGAGAGAGAGGGGUGGCAAACCCUAGAACCAGCAUCACCAUGAUCUUCCCCCCUGCCUUCCUCCACGAUUCCUCGAGCUGGAACGAUAACCAGCACCACCAGCAGCACCAGGUUGCGGCCGGCGGCGCCGGCGACGCCAGUCAUGAGCUUCUCCAGCCGUCAAUCAUGGGGGGAGCGCUUCCCGAUGGAGGCGGUGACGGUGGCGGCGGGCAGGUUAUUGGAGGCCCCGCGAAGCCCAUGCCCAUGGCGGAGCGCGCGCGCCUCGCGAGGAUCCCGCUGCCGGAGCCGGGGCUCAAGUGCCCGCGCUGCGACUCCGCCAACACCAAGUUCUGCUACUUCAACAACUACUCCCUCUCUCAGCCGCGCCACUUCUGCCGGGCAUGCCGCCGCUACUGGACGCGAGGCGGCGCGCUCCGCAACGUGCCCGUGGGCGGCGGCUACCGCCGCCACGCCAAGCGCGCCAAGCCCAAGCAGCAGCCGGCCGGUGCCGGUGCCGGGACCGGGAUCGCCGCCACCACCGCCGCGCUGCAGCAGGCUCCCGCGUCGUCAGCCGCCGCCUGCACCGCGACGACCACGGCGACGACCACCCCGCUGCCUGGCGGCGGCAGCGGCGGUGGGCUGUCCAUGCUGCCGCCGCUUUUCCGCCUCGCCGACUUCGACGCCAUGAGCCUCGGCUCCUCCGGCUUCUCCGGGAUAUCGUCGAUGACUGGGAAGCCCAGCUCCGUCGACGCCUACGCGCACUCGGUCAGCGGCCAUGCACCCGCUCCGGGGGGCGGGCUGCUGGAGCAGUGGAGGGUGCAGCAGAUGCAGAGCUUCCCGUUCUUGCAUGCGAUGGACCAGGGCCUCCUGGGCCCACCUCUGGCCAUGGCAAUGGCGCCGGCGCCAGGAAGCGGGAUGUUCCAGCUAGGUCUAGUGGACACCACCACCAGUGAUAAUGGCCGUGGCGGCGGCGGAGAAGACGGAUGGUCGUCUACCAGAGAUCAGCCGCUCCAUGUGAUGCAAGCCGCAGCAGCCACCAAGAAGAGGGAGAGCUACCCGGCACCAGCACCAAGAGGCGUGUAUGGGUAUGGCGACCACCACCAUCACCAUCUCGCUGCUGCUGCUGAUGGUGGUGGUUACGCUUCCUAUUCCACCAAUGCUGCUGCAGGUAAUAACCAUCUAUUGUAAUGGCCGGCAGACCGAUCGAUCCAGAGCUCAGUUCAGGUCCGUCGUCCAGCUAUAGCUAUGCUGCGGCGAUCGUAUCGGUUCGUUCCUGCAACCAGAUCGAUAGAGAUAGAGUGUACGUACGACGAUCGAUGGUGUCGUGAUGAUCAUAUAGAAAAAAAGGCAAGUAGCUAGCAUGCAUUUGCAGUGUUUAAUUUGUUCAAGAAGAAGUAGAGGGAGAGGAGAGAGAGAGUGAGGAGAGGGGCGUGUUGGUUUGGAUACGGACGUGAGCCGUACUUAUGUUGGAUCAUGCACAAACAUUAGCUGCUUGCAUGGUCACUUGUUUUAUGUUUCAUCUUCUUUUUAUCUGAUCCCUUUAUUAGGUUUU